AUGAAGUCGGCCAAACUUCUCGUUUCCUCUGCUAUCGUCGCAACAACCACGGCCAUGCAGUUCCAGACCCUUUACUCAACAUACUCUUUUAAUCCCCUAGAGCAUCUCGCAGGAAUCGCACCAUACUACGAGCCCGCAGACCCUCCUCGAGAUCCCAAACCUCCUCAGGGCUGCACAGUGACUCGAGCAGCAUACCUCGUACGACACGCAGCUAUCAACGCAAACGACUUCGACUUUGAGGAGUAUCUAGAACCAUUCCUCCACAAGUUAGGCAACGCAACAGUCGACUGGUCCAAAAUACCGCAACUUGCCUUCUUAGCAAACUGGGAGGCCCCAUCGUUCGGUGAGCAGGAACUGUUAACGAGAACGGGUAAAGUGGAAGCCGCCCAACUCGGACUCUCCAUCUCAUACAGGUAUCCGAAACUGCGACUACCACAGCGGGUAUGGGCUUCAACGGCGGAGCGAACCGUGCAAAGUGCCAGAGGCUUCGUUCGGGGUCUCGAAAUGGACGACAAUACCAUCAACGUAGUCGAGAUUCCAGAGGGGAAGAAGGCUGGCGCCGACAGUUUGACACCAUAUAAGAGUUGUAGCCGCUAUGCUGCUGACGCGGGUUCCAAGCAACAAAGCACAUAUAUCAAGACGUACACUGCGCCCAUCAUCGCUCGUCUCAAGUCUCUUGCCCCAGGAUUCAACUUUACGUCUGACGAUGUCACGGCGAUGCAAGCAAUGUGCGGGUACGACACAGUCAUCCGCGGCUCGUCGCCAUUCUGCUCGACUGAACUCUUCACACCAGACGAGUGGCUGCAGUUCGAGUACGGCCAAGACAUUCAGUACCACUACAACACUGGAUAUGGUAGUCCGUAUUCUGGCGUCAUUGGCUUCCCGUGGCUUAACAGGACGCUGGACCUCUUGUCUGCUGGCAGCUCUGCCCAAGAUCUGUAUGUCUCCUUCUCGCAUCGCGAGUUGCCGCCGACGGUCCUCGUCGCCAUGGGCUUGUUCAACAACAGUGCCUUCUCUGGAGGGAAUGAUGUCAACGCCACCAUGCCUUUGGACCAGAUCAAUUAUAAUCGCGCAUGGAUCUCAAGUCGUAUUCUUCCGUUUCUUACGAACAUUGCCAUUGAGCGCAUGAACUGUACUUCAAACGGUGGCCACGCAACCACGGAAGACAAAAGUAGCAGUUCGGGUUCCUCUACUACAUCGACAUAUUAUCGAGUUCUGCUGAACCAGAGUCCUCAGGUCUUGCCGGGUUGUUUCGACGGUCCUGGACAAAGUUGCUCAGCGGACGGACUAAAAAAGUUUCUGCGGCAGCGAGAAAGCAUGUUUCAGGGUUAUUCGAAGGUGUGCGGUAACUCUUAUGACAAUUCGACGGAUUCGAUCUCGUUUUAUACUAAUUCCAAUAAUGGAACUGUUGUGGGGAAGUGA